GUACAAACAUCGGGAUGUAGCACAGCUGGAAACGGCUCAGAUUCCAAAGGCAACAGGAGAUUCACCAUUUUAAAGUGCCUCACGGGGAGCCAAGCUCUGGUCGAGUGUGGCUGGGGAAAGGAAGGGGAAAAGCAACACCUUCCGGGCACACAAAUUGACACAACACGGCGAACUCCAACUAACCGACUUUCCCCGGAUAAAAUUCAACGCCUACCGAGUGACUUGUCGCCAGACGGCGCUUCCCGCCCAAACCGCCCCGCCGCCAUCUUGUCGCCCUGCACCGGCCCACCGCCCCCGCGAAACUCCAUUUCCCGUGAAGCCCAGCGGCGCCGUCACAGCGGCGGCGCGGCGCUCCGACAAGGCGGCGGCGGCGGCGGGCAGAGCAGGUCAAUUUCCUUAAAUAGUGCCAGAGGAAAGAGGAUGGAACCAGAAAAUACUGCCAAGGAAACAGUCCUCAUUACUGGAGGAGGUGGUUACUUUGGCUUCCGUUUAGGUUGUGCCAUAUACCAAAAGGGAGUUGAUGUGAUUCUCUUUGAUGUCAUGAAGCCACUUCAAACCAUGCCAGAGGGAAUAAAAUUCGUGCAGGGGGAUGUCUGUUGCCUGUCUGAAGUGGAAGAGGCUCUUAGAGAUGUAAUCUGCGUUUUCCAUAUCGCUUCCUAUGGAAUGUCUGGGCGGGAGCAGCUGAACCGAAAGCUUAUAGAAGAUGUUAAUGUGAAAGGAACAGAAAAUGUCAUCCAAGCCUGCAAGAGCACAGGAGUGUCAAGUCUGGUUUAUACAAGUACAUAUAAUGUAAUAUUUGGAGGCCAGAUAAUAGAAAAUGGGGAUGAAUCUCUGCCUUAUCUACCUCUUCACCUUCAUCCAGAUCACUACUCCCGGACCAAGUCUUUGGCUGAAAUGAAGGUGCUGGAGGCAAAUGGUGCUGAACUUGGAAAUGGGAAAGGUGUAUUAAGGACCUGUGCUCUCCGACCAGCAGGCAUCUAUGGGCCUGGAGAACAAAGACAUCUUCCAAGAAUAGUUAGUUACAUUGAAAGGGGACUGUUUAAAUUUGUAUAUGGAGAUCCUCUUAGUUUAGUAGAAUUUGUACAUGUAGACAAUCUAGUUCAGGCUCAUAUCCUUGCCUCUCAGGCCCUCAAAGCCAACAAAAAGCACAUAGCUGCAGGCCAAGCCUAUUUUAUUUCAGAUGGCAAGCCUGUAAAUAACUUUGAAUUUUUCCGACCGUUAGUGGAAGGUUUGGGUUACAAGUUCCCAACCUGUCGUCUUCCUCUCUCCCUUGUCUAUUUUUUCGCAUUCCUUACUGAACUAGUUCAUUUUCUUGUAGGUCACGUUUAUAAUUUUCAGCCUCUCCUCACUCGCACAGAGGUUUACAAAACUGGUGUCACGCAUUAUUUCAGUAUGGCGAAGGCCAGAAAAGAGCUGGGGUAUGAGCCUCAGCAAUAUAGCCUGAAUGAAGUGGUUGAGUGGUUUAGAUCUCAGGGACGUGGACUAAAGCCAAGAAAGUAUACCAUUAUGCAUCGUGUUAGGGAUGGAGGACUGCUUUUGCUGCUGAUUGCUGUGAUGGUCUCAUGGUUUCCAUCUGCAGUUACAUUUUCACUCUGAAAGAUGAAAUGCUGAGUAUGGAGGACAGAAUUUAGUUAUGUUCUCUGAGUGAGUACCCUUGGUUUUGACAGGUAAUAAAAAAAAUAAAAAAAACCAAGAAAAUACACAUUUGUGUCAUUCGGGUAAAUAAGAGUUUUAUCCCCAAGGAACGGAACUGCUGAGUAAAAAGGUGUAAUUUUUGUACAUAGUUCCCCUUCAAAGUAAAAUUGAUCAGAUCACUAACAAGAUGAAGUUCAGUAUUACUGCAAGCAGCAUUUUAUUUUCAGGUACAACAGCACACUACAGUGAACGGAACAAAUGUCCUUAGACUGACCCUUCUUCUUCCCUGAUGGGAUUACACUCUUGAUCCCUGCCCUUUAUUCCUAAAAAGUUUGUGCUACGCAAUCCAGAGGAGAGUAAACUUACUCUUUGAUCACAUUCCAAAACCAAAUUCUGCUUUCCAGCUUGGACGUAUAUAUGCCUAACCAAGAUUAACUGAUAAACUGCUAGACAAUAAAUAAAUGAGCUUUUUUUUUUUUUUGAUUAAUACAUUCUGGUAUGCUUUUCUGAGUUAACUCUGUGAUAUCUGAUGACAUUUCUGGAAAAUGCACAAUGGUUAAUCUGAGUUAUAGCAAAGUGCUUGAAGCAGCACAGAUUUGUAGAUUUUUCUAACAGUAAAAUAUGCCUGUUUAAAAUGAAUGAGCUAGCUAAAGUGCAUUCAUAAAUAAGACCUAUGAUUUUUCCGAGCAUUAUUGAAUGGUUAAACAAAUAAUCCAUCAAAGACAUUUGGUAAGUGAUUACAUUCAUGUUCCACUGUUUAUAAAACACUGUUAGCCUUUAAUAAUAUUUCUUUAACACCUGACAACAUUUGAAUAGAACUUCACCUUUGUAGUAGGAUGAUAAAUGCUUGAUACAAUGAAACUCAUAAUUUUGUGGAGUUUUAAGAAUAGAAAAUAAGACCUUGUUAAGUACAGGUCACUACUGUCUCUAGCAACUCCCUCAUCUCUGUCAGUUUAAUGUAGGAAGAGAUACUGAGAAACUUCACAUCAAAAUGUUAAAUCACAAAGUUGUUUUUCCUUAACCCAUCAGCAUUACAGUUUCAGUACUCUUGAUAAAAGGACAGUCCUUUAAGAAGUUCACACUUCUCUUUAAAGUUUAGUCUUUCCAUUUUAAUAGCUGAAACUACACUGAUCUUAAAUUAAUUUUGUGCAAGUUACAGUUACUUCAGUUCUGUUAAACUCCACUGUGAUUUAAAUGGGGAAGAGGAAAAGACAGUAGUUCUACUGCAUUGUUAAAGCAGUCUCAGAAAACAAAAAUGCCUAGAGAAACCAAGGUAAAAGUCUACUGCCACCCGUGUUUAGAAGAUGGAGAUUUUUGUAGUUAAUGAUGACUGAAGACAACAUUAUUUUUUGAAUGUUGAGUUCUUUUCCUGAGAAGUUUACCUUUAAAAAAAAAAUAAAAGUCACUAUUGAUAACUA